GGGGCCGGGCGUGCACAUGCGCUCUGGGAUGAGCCGUGGAUCCUGGCAGCUCUAUGAAUGUCUGUGGGGGGUGAAGGAAGGUACAUUGUGCUCUCAGCACACACCGGGCACCGGGACCUCUCCGGGACCGAGGAAAGGGCGCCUUGUCAGAAGAGCUGGGAAAACAGAGGAGCCGUCCAGAACAAGACUGCCCGGAUGACAAUGGAAGUGUGCUGGCCAGGGGAGAGCUUCUUUAAGCUCGUUGACACCAUUGCCACAGAGAUCGGAGAACUGAAACAGGAGAUGGUACAGACAGAAUUCAGAGUCCGAGAUGAAGAAGAGCCCGACAAGUGCUUGAGUAUUGAGAAAGAGAUGGAGAAAAACGUACUGCUGGAGAAAAAAGCUUUCCUUCGAGACUCUGGGUAUGAGAGUGUGGCCUACAAGCCCAGUAUCCUGGAUAAGCUGCUCCACACUCACUCCGUUUGGCUUCAACUUAGUCUGGGCGAUGACAGCGUUGGGGAUCUCUUGCAGGACCAGCCUCCCGCGACUUUUCUGGUGCGAAAGUCUUCAAAGCUUCAGAAAAAAGUCAUAUCCCUUCGAGUGCCAGAUGAGUUUGGAUGCUGCUUCCAGGAAUUUGUGAUAAAAGAAAGCUCCUACACUUUUUCCUUGGAAGGCUCGGGAAUCAGCUUUGCAGAUCUCUUCAGGCUUGUUGCGUUCUACUGCAUUAGCAGGGAUGUUCUGCCGUUCACCUUAAAGUUGCCCCAUGCUAUUGCAACAGCAAAGUCUGAAGCUGAGCUAGAAGAGCUUUCUCAACUGGGAAUUGACUUUUGGAAGUCUCCUGUAAACAUACAACCAAAAUAUGCUCCAGCUUUCCACAAGCCUCUCCCCCAGGGCUACGUCAAGAGGGAGUCUCAUCAUCUACCUCUUAUAAACGGCGUGCAUUCUCUCCGCACCAGAACACCCUCAGAAUUGGAAUGUAGCCAGACCAACGGAGCUCUGUGUUUCAUAAAUCCUCUCUUCAUAAAAGUGCACAGCCAGGACUCAGGGGGAAGCUUGAAGAGGGAGAGCAGCAGAACCCAUGAAGAAAAUGGCAUAGAGAAGACGAGAUCACCACCUCCCAGACCCCCUCCCCCUUCCAUUAACAGUCAUCGCACAAGCCUUCAGCUGUCCAGAGCUGCGCAGCCAGAGCCAAGCAUGCCAGAAACACUUAUUAAUAGCAGGAACAUUAACUUAGACUCCCCUUCUAAAACUGCUACCCCUAUCCCGCCUCCCCGCCUGAAGAAGCAGGCCACCCUUAACAGGUGGCAAAGCAGCGACCAAACGCCAUCUCUGAGUAGUUCCUGUAGGUCGUCUUUCGAGUCUCAGCCCGAGGAAUCGCCUCCACAAAAGACCAUGCAGAAUAUUACUUUGAAAUCGUCUGGCACAUUGCGGGUGCAGCGUUUGAGUGACAUGAGCAUCUCUACGUCAUCGUCGGACUCCUUCGAGUAUGACCGCAUGGUGCCCCCUUUUUACGAAGGUGACAGCUUGGAAGAUUGCGAGGAAGAAAGUGACCAAGAAAGCAUGGCACCACCCGUGAAGUCUCGGAAAAAAAGGGGCACUUCUCUGGGUCUGUCCAAAAUGAUGAAAACUCAUCUGCGCAAAAUGAGCGGAGUCUUCCACUCUUUGGUGACUCCGGAGAAGAAGAUGGUGAAGAAGAUUACAGCCAUGUCCCGGGACAAGCGGACGUAUUUUGGAUGCCUUGUGCAGGAUUAUAUCAGCUUUCUGCAGGAAAACAAGGACUGCCACGUCUCUAGCACAGAUAUGUUGCACACCAUCCGACAGUUUAUGACACAAGUCAAAAACUAUUUGUCGCAGAGCUCCGAACUGGACCCACCAAUCGAAUCUCUGAUUCCUGAAGAUCAGAUAGAUAUAGUCUUGGAAAAAGCAAUGCACAAGUGUAUAUUAAAGCCACUGAAAGGAUAUAUAGAAAACAUGCUAAAGAACUUCCGUACUGCAGACGGUUCAUGGAGGGAGCUGAAGGAGAACCUGUUAUUAGUAAAACAGAGGACCCCUCAGGAGCUGGGGGUUCUCACCCCAACUCCAGAAUCUGUAGAUGUGGAAAAGAUCAGAGUCAAGUUGUGCACCAUGCAGAAAAUGUACUCUCCAGAGAAGAAAGUGAUGCUGCUACUGAGAAUCUGCAAACUCAUCUAUACGUGCAUGGAGAAUAACUCAGGAAGGAUGUAUGGAGCAGAUGAUUUUUUGCCAGUUCUAACUUACGUCAUUGCUCAGUGUGACAUGCUGGAAAUUGACACUGAAAUUGAGUACAUGAUGGAGUUGUUGGACCCAGCUCUAUUGCACGGAGAAGGAGGCUAUUACUUGACAAGUGCAUAUGGGGCACUUUCCUUGAUAAAGAACUUUCAGGAAGAGCAAGCAGCUCGAUUGCUAAAUUCAGAGACCAGAGACACGUUAAAGCAAUGGCACAAGAGGAGAACUGCAAACAGGACCAUUCCAUCCAUUGAUGACUUCCAGAAUUAUUUGAGGGUUGCCCUUCAAGAAGUGGAUAGUGGCUGUACCGGAAAGACACUAAUUGUUAGGCCUUACACCACGACAGAAGACAUCUGCAUGAUGUGCGCUCAGCGGUUUAACAUCAAGGACCAUGAAAAUUAUGGUCUCUUCCUUUACAUUGAUGAAACUUGGCAGCAGCUCAGUGAAGACACAUACCCACAGAAAAUUAAAGCUGAACUUCACAGUCGACCAAACCUCCAAGUCUUUCAUUUUGUAUACAAACGCAUCAAUAACGACCCUCAGGGGCUCAUCAGCUAUAAUGAUGAUGACGAGAAUGAUGAAGAUGCAGAUUUCUGAGAGCUGUCAUCUUGGCUAAUUUGGAACUCAGAAUAGCAGUCCGUCAGAGUGAUUGCAAUCUAUGGACAGAAUAUUGCUUUGUUGGGCAUUCUGUGUACUCUUUUACUCCUGUAAAAAAUGUACAGAAGUAAGGAUGUGGAGAAGUACUGACUGUGCAUUGCAAUGGCCUUUUCUCUUAUCCUGGGAAUAUCACCUUGAGCUGUGAACUUACAGAGAGAAGCAAUGUCCAUUCUAGAGGUCAUGGCUUUUAGUCACAUGCGGUUGGCAUUAGUAUUUGAUAUUUCAAAUUGAAAAGUAACAGUGUGAAGGACCACUGAAUCUUCCGUGCAUCUUUUUUUAUGUUAUCAAACGGGUUUUUUUCACAGUUAAGUGUAUGGGAGAUAACUACAGCAUUUGUCAGCACUGAAAUUUUCUAUAAAACACACAUCGUAAGACUUGUCUUGGUGGUGAGAAUUAGGCAUGAAGUAUAUUUUUUUUGUAUUCUGUAUAUAACAUGUAUUUUUAUAAUUUACUUUUUUUUAUAAGCAGCUAUUUUUAUUGUGAGUCGUAAACAUUUUUUAGUGUUUAGGUUAUGGUAAAAUGGCUAAAUAUAAUACAUUUGGUGUUAUCACUAGACAAAACUAGCUGACAUGGGUUUUAUAACACCUUACUAUUAUUCAGACUGUUGUGUCAUAACGCUUAGGACAGCAAAAUAAUAGGCUAGUAGCGUAUAGAAACAUAAAGAAUCCCCUUGAUUGACUUUUAUGAACUUCGGGUUUCUGCCUGAACUUUAAACUGAAUAUAACUGUCAUGUUCCAACAUCAUUUUAAUAUUUCUUCCUUUGAAAGAAUUAGGGUCCUUACACACCUAGGCAGUCAUUCUUGCAUUUGGUCAGGCUCACCCGCUCUCCUGCUUUUUGCAGCUAUUGUUAAAACAGAGCAUUAUUUCUUCACUCCCGAAAAGGUUCCAAGGCACCCCUUACUUAUACAUCUCACAAAACAUCUUGAAGGAUAACAAAAUGUGACUUUUUUUUAUGUAACACCACACUUUCUUCAGGUAGCUUGAACCCAGUGCUGAAAAAAAUGCUUGUCAAUGCACAUUGAGGUGUGAAGUGGCCCUCAAACCUUUCUCCAGCUUUCUUUACUCCAGAUGUAAAUCGACUCCAAGGAAUGUAGUUGUACUGAACAAGAAUCC